AUGGUACACGUGGACACUCGGGAGCACGAAUUCACUAGUGUUUCGGACGAGUAUCGUUCCAUAUCACUGUCCGCUUUACAUCGUGUGACGACAAUAGGUGUAGGCGGCUUUGGCCGCGUUGAGCUGGUGAAGGCAAACGGGAAAGUGUUUGCACUGAAGGUGAUGAACAAGAAGCACAUUGUAGACUUGAAGCAGGAAACGCAUGUGAUAUCGGAGAGAAAUAUCUUGUUAUCGGCCGACUCGCCGUUUAUAGUAAGGCUGUACAAGACGUUCAAAGACGCGGAGAAGCUUUAUAUGCUUAUGGAGCUAUGUCUUGGUGGUGAUGUGUGGACGGCAGUGAAGAGGAGAGGACGGUUUAAUGACGAAUCGGCAAGAUUUUAUUGUGCGGCCGCACUUGAAGCUUUUCAGUGCCUUCACGAUAGGAAUGUUAUCUAUCGAGACUUAAAACCCGAGAAUAUGCUUCUAGAUAAGAAUGGAUAUCCAAAAUUGGUUGACUUCGGUUUCGCGAAACGGUUAGGCGCUGAGGGUCGAACGUGGACAUUUUGUGGUACAGCGGAGUAUGUGCCACCCGAAAUUAUUUUGAACAAAGGUCAUGAUAGAGCGGUUGAUCUUUGGGCGCUUGGAAUAUUCAUGUACGAGUUACUUUCCGGAGCUCCUCCGUUCAUAAAUCGUGAUCCUGUUAUAAUCUACAACGCAAUAUUAAAAGGCUUGAAAACGUGGGCAUGGCCUAGAUAUUUCACGGAGAAAGCAAUCGAUUUGAUAUUGUGUUUAUGCAAGGAAGAUCCAGGUUUACGUUUGGGUUAUGGACAUCUCGAUGACGUUCGUGCACAUCCGUGGUUCGAGGGUUUCGAUUUCGUCGAAUUUCGUGCACGAAACAUAAAACCACCAGUGUUACCAGUUAUUAAAUCUGAAGUGGAUACGAGUAAUUUCGACUCAUUUCCUGCAAUUGACUCAUUUGCUACGGGUAGCGACAAAUCGGGCUGGGAUCUUGAGUUCUGA